AUGGACGACUUCUCCCUGUUUUUCACGAGCUUCCGUUUUUAUCGCCGCACGUCGCAAUUUUGUGACUUUUUCCAUGUCGGCGGAACAUGGAGCCAGUGGCCGGGCCUUAUCCGCAGCCUGCCGUGUGCACACAGAGAGGCCCCUGAGAGCAGGACGCCGGGCCUUAUCCGCAGCCUGCCGUGUGCACACAGAGAGGCCCCUGAGAGCAGGACGCCGGGCCUUAUCCGCAGCCUGCCGUGUGCACACAGAGAGGCCCCUGAGAGCAGGACGCCGGGCCUUAUCCGCAGCCUGCCGUGUGCACACAGAGAGGCCCCUGAGAGCAGGACGCCGGGCCUUAUCCGCAGCCUGCCGUGUGCACACAGAGAGGCCCCUGAGAGCAGGACGCCGGGCCUUAUCCGCAGCCUGCCGUGUGCAUACAGAGAGGCCCCUGAGAGCAGGACGCCGGGCCUUAUCCGCAGCCUGCCGUGUGCACACAGAGAGGCCCCUGAGAGCAGGACGCCGGGCCUUAUCCGCAGCCUGCCGUGUGCACACAGAGAGGCCCCUGAGAGCAGGACGCCGGGCCUUAUCCGCAGCCUGCCGUGUGCACACAGAGAGGCCGCCGCUGAUAACAUUAGUCAAACCGCGACUUCGGCCCCUACACUGAAGCCUAAUGCAUUUAAUGAAGUGAGACCACCGCGGAUCACUGCGGCGCCGACAGAGGGCGAGACCAUCGCGGAUCACUGCGGCGCCGACAGAGAGCGAGGACACGAGCGGAGAACGGAAACGUCCGAACGGAAAGCAGAAGCGACGUCAUCCGUUGAACCAGAGACGGUAAAUAUUAACGGACGAAGUGACGCCACGGAGGAAAUAGGCGUCUUUUGUGUGAUCAACACGAGCCUAAUCCACCGCAGAUAA